CACGAUAACUUUUUGGAGAUAUCUGUAGUAAAUUGUAAGAACCUUCAAAAUAAUGUUAGAUAUUAGAUAUCCAGGGCCAUGCCUGGAUGCAGGCACUGGAUGCAGGCAAAUCAAGCAUGAGUUUGGGAUCUUUUUGAUAUUAAUUAUUUUAGGGGCCAAAACUUCUUAAGUAUUCUACUAUAGUCUAGUGGUUGUUACAUGUUUUUAUCAUUAUCGUAGUGUCACAGGUUCGAACAUUCCUUCUUCCUAUCUUUUUAGUGUUUAUUAACAUAUUAAUUUUUGGCUUGGGGCCCAUCAAUGUUCAGGCACUGCCUGUAGAUAUCUUCAAGUUAUCCAACUAUCUUUGCUAUAAUGUUUUUUUUUUAAUUAUUAUGUUAGGCUGAAGAAAUCCGUAUGGAUGUUAAUAAAUGGGCUUCGCAUCACACCAACGGUCUCAUCGAAAAUCUUCUUCCUCUUGGAUCCGUUACAUGCCUAACGACUCAAAUUUAUGGAAACGCAUUGUACUUUAAAGGAGUCUGGCAACAUAAGUUCAACAAGUCCUUGACGAAAUACAAUGACUUUUACCUUCUCAACGGCAAAUAUGUACGUGUGCCUUUCAUGACAAGCGGUCAAAGACAAUACAUUGAGGCUUACGAUGGUUUCAAGGUCCUAGGACUACCAUACCGACAAGGAGGUGACGAUAAUACCAACCGAAAAUUCUCAAUGUACUUCUAUCUACCCGACAAGAAAGAUGGAUUGCAUAAUCUUUUAGAGAAAAUGGCAUCUACUCAUGGAUUCUUGGACCGUCACAUUCCAUUAGAGAGAGUUAUAGUUGGUGAUUUUAGAAUCCCAAAGUUCAAGAUUGAGUUCGGGUUUGAAGCUUCAAAGGUUUUUGGUGAUUGGAAGCACGAAAUGUCAUUGUACCAAAAAGCUUGUGUCGAAAUUGACGAAGAAGGUACUGAAGUUGUGGCUGUUUCUGCUCGACUAGGUUAUUGUACCUCCAAUGGUAUUGUACCGAAAAUGAUAGAUUUUGUGGCAGAUCAUCCUUUUCUUUUCCUGAUUAGAGAAGACAAAACCGGAACUGUUUUGUUUGUUGGUCAAAUCUUCAAUCCUUUUAAAUGUUCUCCAGCUUAGGACCGGUUUUACCAUACUCCAGUCUGGUUUGUUUCUUAUUGGAUCUAAUCAGUUCAGUUUAGCGAAAUGUUCAUUCGGUUGAAGGCUAUCUAGAAUAGGCUCAGACCGGAUUAUUCUUAUU